GUUGUCUAAUAAAUGACAAGAGCUGUCAAACUAAUUAAAAAAAAGCCUAAAUUUGAAGUCAAAGUAUUUGCCUCUUUCGCGCUGUUUUUCUGGAUUAUGACCCGCGGUAAUCAACGAGAGUUAGCCAGAGAAAAGAACCUCAAGAAGCAGAAAACGACAAAAACCAAAGAUGAACUGCCGCUAGAAAAGAAAAAGGCGAGGGAUGUGGCCGCCCUAAAAGAAAAACAAAAGAAGCCGAAGGGUCAAGUCAAAGACCCCAAGGGUACCAACAAGGGUUAAAUCAUGUGCAAAUUAUUAAGAUAAUAAUAAAUUAUUAGAAAAAAUGUUUCUCUUUUAAGUAAUAAGGCUUUAUUUAAUGAGCAAAACUUGAGUUAAGAAACGUCAUUAUUUAAGCAAAUAUCAAUUUAGAAAAUACUCUUUCAUAUACUCAAUCACUAGGUUUUAGGUUCGUGAAGACCGAUUUUAAAAUCUCCUUAAGAUAUAUUUUCUAAUAAAUUUUUAAACUUUAAA